AUGAGAACUACAUUGGUAAACCGUUUGGUAUAUAAGCGCCCUCUGCUGAGCAAUGGGGUGUUUGCAUCAUUGAAGAGAAGCACACUACAAAGCAAUACUUUUAAGAGAAUGUCUUCUUCUGUCACAGGUUUUUACAUCCCACCAGUAUCUUACUUCGGUGAAGGUGCCCUAGAACAAUCGAUCGAACAUCUAAAGAAAAAGGAGUUCAGCAAGGUUCUGAUUGUUACAGAUCCUGGUAUCGCCAAGAUUGGUCUAUCCGCUAAGGUUGCCGACCUCUUGAAGAAAGCUGGUGUGGAAGUUAGCAUCUAUGAUAAGACUCAGCCAAACCCUAAUAUCCAAAAUGUGGUCGAUGGUUUGAAGAUUCUAAAGGAAAACGACGCCAAAGCCGUUAUUUCUCUAGGUGGUGGUUCUGCACACGAUAACGCUAAGGCUAUUGCUUUGUUGGCAACCAACGGUGGUCAGAUUGGUGAUUAUGAAGGUGUCGACAGAUCCAAGAACCAAUGUCUGCCCUUGUUUGCCAUCAACACUACAGCCGGUACCGCAUCUGAAAUGACCAGAUUCACCAUUAUUUCUAACGAGGAAAAAAAGAUCAAGAUGGCUAUUAUCGACAACAAUGUGACCCCAAGUGUGGCCAUCAACGACCCAACUUUGAUGUACGGUUUACCACCAGCUCUUACAGCUGCUACUGGUAUGGAUGCCUUGACCCAUUGUUUCGAAGCCUACGUGUCCACCGCUGCAAACCCUAUUACUGAUGCUUGUGCAUUGAAGGGUAUUGACUUGAUCAGAGAGAGCUUAUGCGAAGUCUACAAGAAUGGUCAAGACAAGAAGGCAAGGACCGACAUGUGCUACGCCGAAUACUUGGCCGGUAUGGCUUUCAACAAUGCCUCCCUAGGUUAUGUUCACGCACUUGCCCACCAACUUGGAGGUUUCUAUCAUUUGCCACAUGGUGUAUGUAACGCUGUUCUACUACCUCAUGUUCAAAAGUUCAACACGGCCGACAAAGUCGCUGCCAAGAGACUGGGCGAAAUCGCACUACACUUGGGCCAAUCCGCAGGUACAGCCGAAUCUGCAGUGCAAGCUCUACACGAGCUGAACAAACAAUUGAACAUUCCAAGAAACUUGAAAGAGCUUGGUGUUAAGCAAGAGGAUUUUGACAUUUUGGCCGAUAACGCCAUGAACGACGCCUGUCACUUGACCAACCCUGUCCAAUUCACCAAGGAUGAAGUCAAGCAGAUUUUGCAAGAGGCUUACGACUGCUAA